AUGGCAGAGAUGGAAAAAGAGGGCAGACCUCCGGAAAAUAAAAGAAGCCGAAAGCCAGCGCACCCGGUGAAAAGGGAAAUAAAUGAAGAGAUGAAGAGUUUUGCAGAGAACACCAUGAACGAGCUGCUGGGCUGGUACGGCUACGACAAGGUGGAGCUGCGAGACUCUGACAACCUGGAGAUAGGCGAGAUGCCACAGCACAUCUCUGUCCUCAAAGAAAACUUGUUGCCAAAAAUCCCAGCCUCAACAGAGAGCGGUGAAGGCUCUCCGGAUCGAGCCAAUAGCUCCCAGUGUUUGCCAGGCUCCAGGAAUGGAGUCACAGAGUCCUCCACCAAUCCCUCCACCUCCAUGCCCGGCACCAAGGAACAUGGCAAUCUGCCCAUCAUUGUCCCCAUGAUCCCCCCGCCACUGAUCAAGCCCCCCACUGCUGCCCAAGUGUCAAUAUAACCCUGUCAACUCUCUGUGGAAAUGUCCUCGUUCCUGGUCCAGACAGAGGGCUUCAUUAUCCCCUGCGUCUGCUGUGCACAGGAGGCUGCUACGCCCCAGCGGAGGGAGCGCACCGCCUUGGCAUCGCCCAAGAGGAGUCCCCGCUGGCCCUGCCCAGGCGCAGAGCAGAUGGAUGAAGAUGCAUCCAACGUGCAGAUCAUGUGCGCCUGGUGCCAGAAGAUUGGCGUCAAACGCUACUCUCUGAGCAUGGGGAGUGAGCUGAAGAGCUUCUGCAGCGAGAAGUGCUUUGCCGCCUGCCGCAGAGCCUAUUUCAAGAGAAACAAGCUGGGAUAUAUAAGGAAUUACGCUGCGAGAGACGACGAUGGCCUCGGUGGGAAAUUACCCCAGCACAGCUUUACUCAGGACACGCCCAGGCUUGUCUUCAAGACAAACAGCGAUGUGCUUGUUUGUGACUGGUGCAAACAUAUCCGCCACACUAAGGAGUACCUGGACUUUGGUGCUGGUGAGCGGAGGCUGCAGUUCUGCAGUGCCAAAUGCCUGAACCAAUACAAGAUGGACAUUUUCUACAAGGAGACCCAGGCUGCGCUGCCAGGAGCGUUGUGUAACCCAGGACAUGGGGGAGGAGGUGAUGGUAAGAUGGAGUGUAGUGGAGGGGUGCAGCUGCUUACUCCUGAAUCUUGGGGAACGCCGUUAACAGACCUCCGGCGUAAAGCUCCCUCGCCAGGGGGGCCGUCAACCGCCUCUGCAAUGGCCCCUUCCACUUCUUCUGCCACCUCCCCCUCAGACUCAGCAGCUGUCUGCUCCCCGUCCUCCUCCAAGAUCCCCACACCCAGACCCCACGAGAGCCCCACACUCCACCCUCCGCCUGGUCUGACUUUGCACCCACCUGUCGGGGUUCCUCCUGGUAGCCCUCCAAUGGUGAUGACACCUCGGGGACCUAUGCCCCUGCCCCUGUUCAUGGAGCAUCAAAUGAUGCAGCAGAUGCGUCCAUCAUAUCUUCGGCCAUCUGCCCACCCAGGGGGGCCCCAUAGCCCCCUGUCAAACCCUAUGAUCCCUGGUAUUGGUCCACCUCCGAGGACCAUGGGUCCAGCGUCGAGCCCAAUGCACAGGCCUCAGAUGUCUCCACAUGUUCACCCCUCAUCUAACCCCAACCCUGGCAUGAUGCCCCCCCACCCCGGUUUCUCCAUGCCAGGCUUCCCUCCUUUUCCCCCAGUCAAUAUGAUGCCCAAUGGACGGUUUCCUAUGCCCCCAAUGAUGAAUUUUGGCAUGCCAUCUCUAUCCCCAUUGGUACCCCCGCCAACUCUCUUGGUCCCUUACCCUGUCAUUGUACCCUUACCAGUCCCAAUUCCUAUUCCAAUCCCUAUUCCCUACAACCCUAGAGCUUCAAGGGACAAGCCGGAGAGCAGUGGCCCCUUCCGCAGUGCUACAGAGUCCUCAGAAUCUUCAGCUUCGGGGCCUCACUCUCCAGGUUCCUCUGGAGGGGACAGAGCGGAGCACAAAGUAGAGCCAGCAGGUGUAGAGCGUCUCUCUCCUGCACACUCAGAGAGAAGCAGGACGGGGAUGGUGGACUUGACUGUGAAGGCAGAGGACAAUUCAGGCAACCUGUGUCCAACCACCUGCCCCGGACCCACGGACGGGGUGAUUGAUCUAACCGUGGGCCAGAGGACGUGCCAACAGCAGGUAAUUCAGAGGAUGCUACCAGGGGUCCAGGUCAAAGUAGAGGCAGAGACUGAUUCAAGAUCUCCAUCAGCUGCUGGGCUGAGUUGGGAAAGGAAGGGGAGUUGUGAUGGGGGAGAAAGGGCCCUCUCACAGGGCUUCCUCAGUGCUAUGGAGCUGGAAGGGGCCACACAACUAAACACACUGGAAUCAUCAGGUCCUCCCUCCAGCUACAGCAGCCCUUCUUGCCAUGAUGACCCAACAGUGAGCCAGCUAAAUCCCUGUAUUUCUAACCCUACCACACUAUCCUUGCCAAGCACACUAUGGACCCAAACCCCACCCCACCUCCAAACUAACCCUGCUACCCCGUGUAAUGUCAUAGUCAAUGGUUCAGGGUGGCAUCCGCUUCUCCCUCCUGCCUUUGAGUCUUACCCUGAGGGAAACAGUGUGGCAGGAGAAGGGGAGGCACAGCCAGCCAACGGUGACCUUGAGCAUGAGGCACUGAAAGAGAACAAUUGCUCGGUUGGAGUUGGAGAUUGGGAGCCGGGGAAGCGGGACUCAUUGCAAGACGAGAUGGCGGAAGCGGUUGAGGGUAAGCCUGAUCCUGACUCCAACGCAGAGGAGGGUGAACACGCCUACGCCUUGCCGCUGCUGUCCACCGGAGGCUGUGUUGUCAUCCAGCCUGUGCCAAAGCCCGGCGCUGACAAGACGGCCAUCCUGUCCUGCUCCAUCAGUGCUCCUUUAUCAGCGGAUGGGAGCCCCGAGCUGGAGCCGCCGCUAAAGAGGAGGUGUCUGCGAAUCCGCAAUCAAAACAAAUAA